AUGCAGUCUAACUAUGGCAAUCCGGUCGUUACGGCGGAGCGCAUGAAGUUUGACGAUCUCGCAUGGGAGAGAAGCGACAACAUUUCCAACGCCUGGAGAGAUGCGCUCUUCGAUAAGAAAGUCCUUCGGGAAGUUGGAGGAUUCAUAAUCAAACAUGGAAAAGGCCCAGCAGAAGAACCGUUUAAUCCACAGAAAGGAUCUUUCAAUUCAAUGUUCCGCAAGAAAUUCUUGGAUGCCGGUUCUGCUAUCAUUCGCUUUCCCAUUCCUGGCGUUUCUAUGUUCCCUGAAGGAAAGGUAAAACGAGAGAGGUCUCUUGUUAUACGGUUUAUCGAACGGCACACCAGUGUGCAUGUACCUCAUGUUCUCCAUUACGGAAUGAUGGACCAAACUCCUGCUGGACUUGGUCCUUUCAUUAUCAUGGAAAAUUAUUCGGAUCUCGUUGAUGCACUCAAUACCCUCCGAGCUCCGAAGACGACGAUUUUGAUGACAAAUGGGAAACUACGCACCCGUCAUUUUUCUAUCAAUAUGAAUGAACUUCUUCAGAUGGGCCAUGUCCCUCCACAUAUGCUACCGCGGACCACUUUCAAGACAGCUUCUGCAUACUUUUUGGCACUUGCUGAAAUGCAUGUGAUCCAUCUAUCAAUGCAACGCAAUGACACUAUUGAGUCCACCGAGGACUGCAGACGCAAAUAUAUUGUCAGAUGUCUGUUUCGGAGACUGGCACGAGAGAAUUGGCUGUGUUCUCACGAUAAUGGGCCCUUUAAGCUAUUCUAUGAUGAUUCCAGGCCAGCAAAUAUACUCGCAAAUUCCGAAAUAGACUUCAGAGUAGUAGAGGCAAUUGACUGGGAAUUUACUUAUGCUGCCCAAGUCGAAUCCGUAUAUAGUCUGCCGUCAUGGCUUCUUCUCGGGCGCCCCAAGUACUGGAGAGGCUCUUGA